AUGUCCGCGCCGGACGGCCUCCCCCCGCCCGCCCCGCCCCCGCCGCCGCGCGGGGCCUGCCGGGAAAUGGAGUCUUUGCACGCCGGGCACCGCGGCGCUGUGCCUCUGGCAGCCGUAGGGUUUGGCACGGAUCCUGACCUGCAAGUGGAUCUCAUCGCAGACCUGGAUCUUGUCAAUGUGACACCUGGGGUGACACAAGUGCUGGGGCUGCACAAUGCCAGCAGGGCGUUCCUCUUCCAAGAUAUAGAAAGAGAAAUCCAUGCUACUCCACACGUGACUGAGAAGCUAAUUCAGCUCUUUCGGAAUAAAAGCGAGUUCACGUUUCUGGCCACCCUGCAGCAGAAGGCGACUACAUCGGGAGUUAUCCUGUCUAUCCGGGAGCUGGAACACAGCUAUUUUGAACUGGAGAGCAGUGGCUUACGGGAUGAGAUCAGAUACCACUACAGGUUUAAUGGGAAGACGAGGACAGAGGUGUUUCCCUACCGCCUGGCAGAUGGGCAGUGGCACAAGAUUGCUGUGACACUCAGUGCAUCCCACCUUCUGCUCCAUGUGGACUGCAACAGGAUUUAUGAACGUGUUAUUGAUCCCCCAGAAACGAAUUUGACACCUGAAAGCAAUUUAUGGCUUGGACAGAGGAAUAGGAAACAUGGUUUCUUUAAGGGUGUUAUUCAAGAUGUGAAAAUCAUCUUUAUACCUAAUGGAUAUAUAACACAGUGUCCUAAUCUCAAUCGCACAUGCCCAACCUGCAGUGAUUUCUUAAGUCUGGUGCAAGGAAUCAUGGAUUUGCAAGAACUCCUGGCCAAAAUGACUGCAAAAUUAAAUUAUGCAGAAACAAGACUGAGUCAACUGGAAGACUGUCAUUGUGAGAAGACUUGUCAAGCAAAUGGAGUGAUCUAUAGAGACAAAGACUCAUGGGUGGAAGAUGAUCACUGCAGGAAUUGCACAUGCAAAAGUGGCAUUGUGGAGUGCCGAAGGAUGGCCUGUCCCCCUCUCGAAUGUCCUCCUGAUGCUCUCCCCGUGCACGUGGAAAGCCAGUGCUGUAAAGUGUGCAAGGCAAAGUGUAUCUAUGGAGGCAAAGUGCUAGCAGAAGGUCAACGAGUUUUAACCAAGAGCUGCAGGGAAUGUCGAAAUGGAGUUUUAGUAAAAGUAACAGAGACCUGUCCUCCACUGAACUGCUCAGAAGAAGACCAUGUUCUUCCAGAGAACCAGUGUUGCAGUGUUUGCAGAGGACAUGACUUCUGCGCGGAGGGGCAUGUGUGCAGUGAAAAUUCAGAAUGCAAAAACUGGAACACAAAAGCAACUUGUGAGUGCAAGAACGGGUAUCUCGCUGUCCAAGGGGACUCUGCGUAUUGCGAGGAUAUUGAUGAGUGUGCUGCUAAGAUGCAUUACUGCCACGCCAACACCGUGUGUGUCAACCUGCCCGGAUCCUACCGGUGCGACUGCGUCGUGGGAUACGUCCGCGUGGAUGACUUCUCCUGCACAGAGCACGACGAGUGUGGCAGCGGCGAGCAGAGCUGCGACGACAACGCUAUCUGCACCAACACCGUCCGGGGCCACAGCUGCACCUGCAAGCCCGGCUACGUGGGCAACGGCACCGUCUGCAGAG